ACAAAUUUUCUAGUGGAUUUUCAGUUAGGAUGCAAAUCUAACUUUGAAAUUCUAUUUAAGGUUCUAAACUUUUUGUUUUAAGACUGUUUUAAGACUUUUCCUCCGAGUCAGUAUUCAUUCUUCCCAGAGUGCCUUUUAAGGCUACUAUAUUCUAUAACCUAAGGAAAGCCGCCUUUCACCACCCACCCCCCUAGUCUGACCAAAAGCCCACACUUGUAGGCUUUCCUGAAAUUAACUCUCUUGUUUGAGUAGUGAAAAUGUGCCAGAUAUACAAUUUAUCAUUGAAUUAUCUUGGAGAAGACGUUAUUAACCUUGUUUGCUUUUCGGAUACAUUUAUAAAGUAGGUGAGAAGCUGGUAUAUAAUGGCAGAAAUUUUAUACAUAUAUACUAAAUAGCAUAAAUAAGUAUAUAUUUAUGUGGAGAGAUCCAGGUCUCAGUUGUUUGCGGAUUUGAGCUUAAAAUUCCCAGUUUAAGCGUGUAUUUAUUUAACUUGUGUUUUGUCUGGAAAUUUCAUCAAUUGCCUCUGCGCUGGGGAACUUAGAACUCAGUUCCUGGUGACAGUCACUUUUUCAGAAAAUCAGGGCAUUCCCAAAUUCAAAGUGCUUCAGAAUCCCUGGACAUAAAUGUUUGGGAGAAAGGGCAAGAAAUUUAGACUUCAAAGUUGGUCCAAGAAGGAGAGCAAUUGAGAGCCCUAGUUUUCUGUUCUGGGGGAAGCGAUCAUUAGCAUGGAAGAAUGGCAGGGACGGGCAGGCGCGUGCCCCCUCAUCGCAGUCCCAUUGGCCUUGUUGCUGCUUUGAGCUGUCCUGAGGGGGCAAGGGCUUGGAUCAGCGCAAGGUAAACCCUUGAGGAAGCGUAGUAGCUCUUCUAGAUCGGACUUAACCAUAUCUUAGCCUUAGCUCACAAGUGCGACGGUAAUGCCCCGCCCCGUUCUGUGCGGAGACCCUGCCACUCAGCCUUUGCGUCCCUGUUUGGGGCCGGGGUCUAUCCAGGGUCCUGAUCGCUACUGUGCGAGCCUGGAGGAGCCGCCGCUUCUUCACACAGGUAUUUUUGAGCGGUAGGAAGUGCGCCAAUAGUUCCUAGGUCCCUUUCCCGACAGACUUGGGGACAGGGGAAAGAGUGCAGAAAAAUCAGCACUGAAUGGGUACUACGCGGUACUAGAGGAUGCUCGCAAACUAAGGGGAAGUUCUUUGUGGGACCCAAAGCCUGAAUUUCUCUCUCUCAGAGUGGGCCUCCCCUUCAGGGAGCCAUUUCAGGGACCACUAACAGAUGGAUGGUUCUGGAGCUGGUUCCCAGGACCACUCCAGUUUGCUCUUGGUAGCCAGGGUGCUUUGCCCUGUUUCUUCCUUUUUAGCGGGAAGUAGCAAAUGUCAGCCUAGAGCUGAAGUAGCUAAGCUAGGUAGAGUGGAGCCCUUGCUAAGAAAAAAAGGAAGCUGUGAACACUUAACAGGCAGGUUUGACUAGGAGGUGAAGGGAUAUAUUAGGGGGCUGUGAGGGCUUAGAUAUUGACAAGGCUUAUGCCUUGGACUGGGCUGGGUUUCUUGAUCAUUAGUCCUCUCUUUUUCAGGAAGCUUGCACAACCAUAUACUCAGCUGUCUCUGGGGCUAAGAGUGAGGGAAGCAUGUCACUUUACUUCAGAGGGUAGGGGAUGUUCAAUGGGAAUGGAACCCACAGACGGGAUAGGCACACUCUUCUCAGAAUGGAGGCAGCAAUCCAUGCUUGAGAAAGCCAGGAGUAGGGCUACAACGUCUGUAUCCUCUGAGCCCCCUGCAGAAGGUGAUGAGAAGAGUGUAGGGGCAUAGGCAGGGGGUCCCCUGGAGAUAGGCCUUAGCUUUCCCACAGCUGCUAGGACGACUGCAGUGAGGGAGUAUGAGAAUUCGCUAUUUAUCUGGAAGAAGGAAAAUAGGCCCUAGAUUAUGCCUCAGAUCUAGGAAGAGAGAAAUCAAUUAUUUCUGAGACGACACCCCCUUUAGCUGUCACUGUCCAAAGACUCAUUGGUUAAUUAAUGGUCGGUAACCUAGCCGUCUGCCUAAAAACCAGCGAUCAUUUAACGUUUUACUUUUUGAAAGGUAAGGGCUCUCCUUGACACUUAGGAGUUUCUGGGAGGAGGAGUAAGGGGCUAGCGAACCUGCGUUAAUGAAUCCCGAAUCCCGUAAGGAACUGCGUUUCCCAGGAAAUUCCUGACAUUUUUAGCUCGUGAAUUUCCUAAAGGCUGCUUGGUUUUCUCCUCCAUUCUGGGUCCUUCCAGAGAGGAAGAGUGGGCUAGGGGCUGAAGGCUCGGCAGGGCCUGGUUCAUCCGCAGAGCUGGCCGGCACCCCAGGCUGGGCUCAGCCCUGAGCAGUGUGCCCCCUUUCCCCAAAUCUCGGAAGGAGGAGGGGGAGGCAGGCAGUCAGUCGUGGUCCCAAAGGGGGCUGGUUGAAGGUUUUUGGGUGAGUGUGGGGUUUCUUUUUGAUUGUUGCUUGGGGGGAAGGGCAGAGCAAAUGGGAACCGGCACUGCGGGCACCCCGGCCCUGGUGCGGCUGCCGUCCUCUGCUCGGCUCCCCCCCGCCGGUGAGUGCGCCCGCCCGCCCGACUGUGCGGGGCUGCGGUUGGGGGGAGGGGGAGCGGGAUCAUCUGAGGCCAGAGCCGCUGCUGUGCGCGGGGAGGGGGAGCGGCGAGAGCAAGGGGAGCGAAAGGGGAGGGACAGGCUAGGUGUCUGCUGCUCCGCGCCACUGCUGCCGGCGCCCCGUCCUCAUCCCCGUCCUCAUCCCCGGCAGCCCCUUCUGCAGCUAAGGGUUACCGCCGCACCACCUCUCUUCUUUCUCGCCCUCCUCUGCGGCCAGGGCUCUGCGAUCUCGCGAGAGUGGCUGACUGGCUGUGGGGGUUGCGGCGGCAGCAGGCGGAGCCGGGGAGGGAAAGCAGCGGCGGCUGAGGCGACUGAGGCGGCGGCGGGCGGAGCGGCAGGCGGCGGCGGCGCGGCGGCGGAGCGCAGCAUCAUGGCGGACCGAGACAGCGGCAGCGAGCAGGGUGGUGCGGCGCUGGGCUCGGGCGGCUCCCUGGGGCACCCAGGCUCGGGCUCGGGCUCCGGCGGGGGCGGUGGUGGCGGCGGGGGCGGCGGCGGCAGUGGCGGCGGCGGCGGCGGCGGGGCCCCGGGGGGGCUGCAGCACGAGACGCAGGAGCUGGCCUCCAAGCGGGUGGACAUCCAGAACAAGCGCUUCUACCUGGACGUGAAGCAGAACGCCAAGGGCCGCUUCCUGAAGAUCGCUGAGGUGGGCGCGGGCGGCAACAAGAGCCGCCUCACUCUCUCCAUGUCAGUAGCCGUGGAGUUCCGCGACUACCUGGGCGACUUCAUCGAGCACUACGCGCAGCUGGGCCCCAGCCAGCCGCCCGACCUGGCCCAGGCGCAGGACGAGCCGCGCCGGGCGCUCAAGAGCGAGUUCCUGGUGCGCGAGAACCGCAAGUACUACAUGGAUCUCAAGGAGAACCAGCGCGGCCGCUUCCUGCGCAUCCGCCAGACGGUCAACCGGGGGCCCGGCCUGGGCUCCACGCAGGGCCAGACCAUUGCGCUGCCCGCACAGGGGCUCAUCGAGUUCCGCGACGCUCUGGCCAAGCUCAUCGACGACUACGGAGUGGAGGAGGAGCCGGCCGAGCUGCCCGAGGGCACCUCCUUGACUGUGGACAACAAGCGCUUCUUCUUCGAUGUGGGCUCUAACAAGUACGGUGUGUUUAUGCGAGUUAGUGAGGUGAAGCCCACCUACCGCAACUCCAUCACCGUGCCCUACAAGGUGUGGGCCAAGUUCGGACACACCUUCUGCAAGUACUCGGAGGAGAUGAAGAAGAUUCAAGAGAAGCAGAGAGAGAAGCGAGCUGCCUGUGAGCAGCUCCACCAGCAGCAGCAGCAGCAGCAGGAGGAGACCGCCGCUGCCACCCUGCUACUGCAGGGUGAGGAAGAGGGGGAAGAAGAUUGAUCAAACUGAAUGGAAAAAACCCACACACACAUGCAUACACACACACAUACACACAGCCACACACACAGAAAAUAUACUGUAAAGAAAGAGAGAAAAUAAAAAGUUAAAAAGUUAAAAAAAAAAAGAAAUAACUUAACUCCAAGGGAGCACCACCCAGAACCUCCACCAACUGACAGUUUCUCUUCUUGACUUGCCACCCAUCGCUGGAUGUUGUCCACUUUAUCCACCAUAUAAAACAGUAAGCAGCUGCUAAAAACAAAAAACAAAAAAAAUACAAAAAGUAAUAACAUUAUAUGAACUGUGUUUCCUACUUGAUUAAAAAAUAUAAAGAACUGAGUGUUUAUUUCCCUAAUUAACCAAGAACUUUUGUACACGUUUAAGCUAUUAUUAUUAAAAGUGUUUGCAAAAUGGUCAAGAUUAUAAUAUUGCUGAAUUAUAUAAAAGUCCUUUUCAUGUUGAGCUAACAUUUGACUUUAGCACAAAAAAGAGAUAUUUUAGAACACGUAAAAUAAUAUUUUUAGUUUUUCUCAUUUUGUUACCAAAUUUCAAACCUUACAUGGAGGUUAUUAUAGUAUAUUUGACACCCUAUAUACCUGUGAUUAGAGAUGUGUAUAUAUAUGAGGGCUAGGCAUGCUGUGUGUCUGAGCUUUGUCUAAAUGUUAUGCAGAAGUUUGUAGAGUUAAAGGUACGUAGGUUUAAUUCAUGCAAGGUAAACAAUAAGUGCUCUCUUUUAUACAAUAUGCAUUGCAUCUGGACCUUAAACAUAUAAAAAUGGUCAGUGAAACUUCUGUGAACAUGAAAUUAUUAAAAAAGGCAUUUAAAUGAAAUUUGCUAAGUUGUGAUUUUUAUGGUUGGAACCAAAGUUAUUCCAAAUAGUGAAAGGAAAAAGAGAAAGGAAGAAAAAGGAAAUCUCCCAUAAUAUUUUUCUGCAUCUGUUUGCUUUGACUGAGUAGGUGUUUUGUCAUUAUUGUGUAUAUGAGAUGUACUUGUAUUGUUCAUAAUAUAUUUUUUUUAUUAUGUGUAGAAAGAUUUUAAAAACUAACGUGCAGCAAUUUCCAGUGAACCUGUACUUGGACAUCAGGUAGUGAGUCUAUUUGUGGUCACUAGCACUGUCUCCUAAACUUGUAAGAGAUCUGAAGCUAUCCUUUGAUUUUUGCCAGUGCUAUUAACUUAUGUAGACCUGUUAAAAAGCAGAGCAACACAAUUAUAGUUAUCCUACUGAGCCAUGGAUUCUGAGUUUCAUUUUAAAAGUGAAAGCCAAGUUGGUGUAUGUAAAGGAUUUCCAUGUAGCUGUGGUGCUAGUUAUUACUGGCUACAUUAUAUGCUAAGUGUAUUUGUGUUCCCCAAGUGUACAAGCCUUCUAUCAAAAGUAUGUUCUAUAACUCAUAUAUUCAAGGUGUAGGGUAUGAAAAUGCAAAGCUUAGGAGAGCACUUUACCAAGCUGGUGUCCUCCAAACUGAAAUUGUUUGUAACGAUAGUCUUUCACAGGUUUUCAUUUAAAGAUGUUCGUGUGCUUUUAAUUGACAACUAACUUUUUGCUGCUGUAUAGUAAAAUAUUAAUAUAUUUUUAUCAUUAAACUGCUGCAUGACUAUCAUCUUUGAGUGAAGAGAAAAUGUUAUAAAAAAAAGAUGCCUUAAACAGUACAUUUUGGUUUGGAAUUCUGUAGAAAGUAUUUUGGUUAAAAAAAAAAGGUCUUGUCUGACAUAGAGUUCUGGGGAUGGAAUUGUUUCUUGGCAAAUCCAGCCAUAUAGAUCUAACUGCUGUAUGUAGAAGACACCACCUGUAGGAGCUGGAAGGUAUCAGUGCUUCUCACAUUGUAAAGCAUUGGCCUAGGAAGGUAAACAGUUGUCUUUUUGAAGGAUUUUUUUUUCUGCUGGUUCUUUGGGUUUUGAUUUGAUAUUUUUAAGCUCCCUGGUUGAGUGUGUUGUCUUUGUUUUUGAGAUCUACUGUACGUGUUGAAUAACAAGCUAUUUCCAUUGUACUGUGCAUUUUCCCAUUAAAUUGUUUGCUUUUAAUAUUCAUACAAUGUUAAAUAUGAGGUGACCGUACAAUAGUUAGGAGUUUCUUUACUUACAAAAUCACUGGAAAUGAUUAAAUUGCUUUUCCCCCGUCCCCCAAGGUGCAUUUUUCUUAUUUCCAUAUAGUAAAGUUGAGCUCUUACAGUGCAUAAUGUGACAUUUGGAAUGCUUAUCAACUGCAUGUAAACAUUAAUAACCUGCACUUUUUUGUCUUAAGGUUUGUUGAGCUGUUUCGUUCACUGUACUUUAACUGUGAUAUGGAAAAGACUGCAUUAUCUGUGCUGUUACUAGUUAGGAAAGAGAAUUGCUUUGAUUUUGUCUCUUGUUUACUAUAGCUUCUUAAAGUUAAGCCUUGUACUACAGGUUGUUGGAGUACUCCUAGAUCAGUGUUUCGUAGUAGCCAGCAAUAAGUAGUGCAAGUCAACAAAAACACAGCAAACUUAGGCAAAGUGUCCUUUCUUUGAGAUGCGAGUUCUUUCAUGAGGUUUUCUUUAGGGUCAGUUACCUAAAGUGAAGCCUUUCUUAUCUAUAGACUUCAGAUUCUGCUUGGAAUCCUACCGGAUCAAGAAGCACAUGCAUUGUGCAAUUGUCUUUACAUUAUAACAGUUAAACACAAUCUUACUAAGAUUUUGAAACCAGUGUCUAAUUUAUGGUCAGUGGGUUUGAAAAGAAAUCCACAUGCAAAUCUUUUAAGACUUAAGAGGUGAUCAUAGAAAAGACUAAGCGACUGUAAAGAUGCUCUUUUUUGCAUCUCACUUUACCUCCCCAAGCGCCCUCCCAACUUUCCCUUCCCUCUCCUGUUUCAUCCUUUCCCCGCCUUUCCCCCCAGGUGCUCGGUACUUUACCAAGGUUCUGUAUCUCAGUGUUUUAUGUUGGAGUUUUUCCUUGUUUUUAUUUUGCUAGUUAGUAGACCCUGUUUGUGCUGAAACAAAAAAGGAAAUGGUAUAUUUGACCAUAUGUGUUAUUCAUAGAAGACAGUAUGAUCAAAUGUGCCAAAAACAAGCAAACAAAACCCAAUUCCUGACAAGUAUGCCUUAUUUUAAUGAUCUGCUUUGUCUUACAGUUAAGGUCCAAGAGCUUGGUUAAACUACGUUAAUUGCCUAAGUAUAAAAGAAAACUUGAAAUGCAUUGCAAUAUUGACGUUCUUUAAAAUGAGAGACGCUGUCAAGUAAUUUAAUCCAGAGAUCAGCCACCAGAUUUGAAAUGCCCAUAUAUGUGUGUGUGUUUGGUGUUGUUCGUUUUUUUCUUUUAAAUCACCAAAUCUUUUUUUAAGCUACUUUUUAUUUGUGCCUCCUAUUUAUCAUGCUGAUGUUAGAAGCAGCAGUCAUCCAGCCACAGAGGGAGCUAAAGUUAACUAACCAGAACUGUAGAAAUCAUUAUACAUGCCUUUGACAACAAAGGAAGUCCAUAAGAAAAGCCAUGUUGGCUUUUCUUCCAGUAGAUAAAGAUUGGAGGUAGAUGAAUAUUUGCCAAAUGGAAAAAAAAGACAAUGCGAGUCAGGAAAGACAAACUUUUCCAGCUUCUCAAAAGCCAUGGAGAGUACAAACCAAAACCAACAGGAAAUAAAAAAACCUUGAAAGUCUCACUUUCUAGUUGUCCUAUGCAGGGGUUGAAAUUUGACUCAAAGUGGAAAAUAUAUGAAUGUGUUUUUAGGUCUUCAUAUCUAGAGAUGGAUAACUCCCAAUUUGAUUUUUCAGGUCAUGGAGAAAGCUGCUAGUAAUUUUAACCCCUGCCUAAAGAAGACAGAUAAUUUCAUUUGGGAGCAAAUACUUAUUGCCUUGAAAAAUAGCACUGUAAUAGCCUAUGAUAAUUAGUUGUAGAAUAACCUUUAUCCCUUUUAAACUAUGCAAAUUAUUAAGUGUAAAUUAGGACUCAAUUAAAGAUAGUUGAUUAUAUUGCAAUCAGAUGGCAUUUACAAACUUAACUGGAGCAUAUACAAAUAAAAUCUAUUAGUCUAAGAGUUUUGUAUGCUAACAGAAAAAUAUAAUUUAGCUACCUAUUCUAAAAAUGGUGAAUAUUAUUAAUAUUGUAUAAUAGGACUGGGAAGACUGCCUCCUUUUUUGAAGAGAGAGAGAUUAAGGAUUUUUAUAAUUGUUUUUCAUCAAAUUUUAAUAUUUUUGUCAAAUUUUUAGGUAUUUAAUUUGUAAAACAGUUUGCUUUGUACUGGCAUACAGAAAAUAGGGUAUUGAUUUUAAACUUUUUGAAGCCAAGUGAUCAAGUACAUUUGUAAUAAAAGUCAAUGGAUAUAUAUCAGUUGUACUCACUGUUUUCAUUUCUUAUUAAUAUAGGAAUGCUGUACAUUUUCUGCAGGAAAAGUGAACUAAAUUUGGGUGGAAGGGAGGGGAAAAGAUAAGUAUGUUGAUAAUAAGAAUCUGGGUGGGUACCAUGGCCCAAGCACUUUACAUAAUCUUUAAGUCAGUUAAGAUUUGGUAUAUUAAAAAAGACGCAUAUGUCAAAUUUUUUCUUCCUGUUUUCUUAUGGAAUUUGAUGUUUGUGGGGGUUAUCUCAUUCAUUAUUUCUGUGCUUUAAUAUUUUGUAUUUGGCACUGUUAAAACUUUCUAAACUAAUACAUUUUUCUUUUAUGACAUUUUGGGUUAUCUGCCAGCCAUGGUGACCCCACCAUGGGCAUGAUUAUUUUUCUCUCUCACACAUGGUUCACCCUCUCUGCCUCAAUAUUUCCACUCAUUUUUUCGUGUUACUGAUACACACACACACACACACAUACACACACACACAUUUCCAGAUGAUUUUAGAAUGGGGAUUUCUGAAACUGUUGCUCUGGUGGCUUUCAUAGCUCCACAAUUCAUUUUGUUUUACAUGUGAACAUACUUUUAAGAUUUUCCCCCCAUAAAAAGUGAGAUACCAAAUCUAAUGACUUUUUUCCCUGUUCAGAGUCUUUUCAAUAUCAGAAUGAGAUUCUGCUUUCUAUGUAAAAAGAUGCUAAAAUAAAGGAAUCUUUAGCAACUUAAGUUUGGAACAACUGGUGAUAACUCUGAGUAUAACAUUUAUAGUUGACUAUCCCUAAAUUUGAAUAUCUUAAUAAUUUGGAAGAUAUAUACUUCCCCAUGAGAGUGGAAUGAAUAGGAAAGAAAAUUUAUCAGAAUUACUUAAGUGAAUAAAUUCUCUGAAGUUAUUUGUGCAAAGUCGUCUGUUAAAGUUUAUCUUUUUAAAUCAUACAUUAUUAUAUUUCUGGUUUUUUUCAUUGCAAGCUAACUGAAUUUAUAUGAAGUACAGUAUAAAACUGAAGUGAUCACUGCUAUUACUAUUUUCACCUAGCAGCAUUGAUUACUAUAGAGAAUUUUCAAUAUAUUUUUAAGAACAGCUGAUUUUAAUAUUUGAGGAGUUAUUUGAUCCUAAAACAAAACCUAAAUUUAAGGCCUAGGCCAUUUUAAUACGCUCUUUUUGAACAGAAAUUUCAUUAUUAUGGGCUAAGUGAAGAUCAUUUAAACUACUACUAGCAUGAGUCAGGUAGAAUUUCAUGAUGCAAGAACAACCAGGUGAAAACUGAAAGAUAUGAUUGGUUUCAAGCCAACAGUUGUCGUCUUUCAGCUGCUAAACUGGCUACUGAGUUUUGAUGUUGAAUGGUCUGGGCAAUUUAUGUCUUUAGGAAAGUUGAGUAUGGCAAAGGUCACUUGUUAGAAACAUUUUUCUUAAAAAAGAAUUUUAUAGGUGUUCAUUUAUUUUUAUUUUGUCCCCAUAUUACGUUUGGUAUUUAUUUUCUUUCUUUUUUUUAUUUUUCCUGAUGUGCUUUGCUUUUGUGGAAAAUUGUCUUGUUUGAUAGGUAGAAACGUGGUGGUGAUCCUCUGUGUAAAAUAAAGUUACUUCUUACAGACCAGGAAUAUUUUACUCAUUUUGGAAUCGCACGCUUUUUCAUUUUCAUGAAUACAUACUUUAUUUUGAUGAUUAUUAGUAAUUAUUUUUGUAGCGUUUCAUGGGAAAAAUUUAAACUGAAGGGUUUAAUUUUCUUGAUUUAGGGUGUACUUUAAUAGUUCAAGAGGCCUCCAAGUUCAAGGACCAAACCUUUAUAUUCUAGAAUUUUGAGAAACAUGUAAAUACUCUUUUUAGCAUGUCUUUUGGUCUAAGCUAGAUUAACACAGAAGGAUCCUAGGAGGACUUGAGAAAAGAUGUCCUUAUUGUGAAGUGGCAGUCAAACCUAUGGGACAGAUGUCUUUUUGUAUUCACCUUGAGUAGGCUCAAACAGUGAUGGCCAUCAGCUAAUGAAUUAUUAGCCUCAUGUUGGGAUUGGGUCAGAUUCCCAUUCAGCUAGAGUGGAUUGGCAAUUUCCAGUGCAGGUAGCUGUUGGUGGCAUUUGACCUACCUCCCUACCGUGUACAUCUGGCAUUUCUUUCUCCCAUCCUCCUUUUCCCUUGUUUCUCUCUCCUUCUUUCUUCUUCUCCUUGCCAUAGGCCUGCCAGUGGCACUCAAAAUUAACCCCCUUAAGAGGAAAGUGAAGAAAUUGCUGACUCCUGCCUUAGAACAUGGCUAACUGAUCCCAGAAAGAUUUCUGUAGUAUAAGGUAAUUGGGCAGUUUUUUCUGACUGCCGUUUUCCCUGUAGUCAAGUUGGCAGUUUGAAGGGCAUCGACAUUUUUUGUUAAGAAAUUUGUGAAUUGAAGAGAGUAAGAAGUAUGUGUACUUUAGGUAGGUUACUAUGGACUGAGACUUACUAGUUUGGAAAUUUGAGAGCAGAAAGGGGAGAGCUGUUUAAUGUGUUUGUGAAUGGGAGUGUGGGAGGUAAAUAAGGGAAUGAUUUGGAGGUAAAGUUGGAGAAGUUUUUAUUGGAGGUAGGGAAAGAUGCUAAGGUGGAAUCUUAAAUGAGAGUUGUUUGCUGAAGACAAUGACAUUUAUCUUCACUGAGGAAGUUUCAGUAAAGCCAGAGAAAAUGGGUCCCUUCUUGGUUAUGAGAAAGCUGUUGGUCUGUAGCUAGAUGUUAUAAUAAUGAUCCAUUAUACAAAUCUGUUUUCAGAUGUAGGGUGUUUGCUUUUCUGGACAAAUUAAGUAGCACAAUUAUGGAAUGGCAACUUUUCUGGUCAAGGCAAGUUGGUGCUGGGGACUUACUACUUUGAAGGAAAAAAGAGAACGCUUUAAACUCUUUCACAGUUAUCAUUUUUAAACUAUCAGACAUAUUUAUCAUACAGACUGUCUAUUCUUCUGGGCAUAUGUUACAGUGUAGUUUCCCUUUACUUUUCAAAAUCGUCCUUAGAUCAAAUAAUUUGAUUUUGAAGUCCGCAAAGAUCCAUAUUAUGCCUCGCUUUUACAGAACCUUGAGCCUUUGGUCCACAUGAAUUUCUUAGAAGAGGAUUAUAAACCAAGUAAAAACACUACAUUGCAAUUUAGGUAUCUUUUCUAUUUCUUUUACGUUUACAAUCGUAGCAACCAUUUAUCAUUGUGGACCUUAUGAUACCCUCAAUACUACUAUAUUUCUGAAAUUAGACAACAUACCUCUCCAAACUUAAAUUUCUGUUUGUUUUCCCCGCUUUCUCUGUUCUCUUAAAAUUAUAGAAUUCCCAAAAUUCACUGGUGGCAGAUGUUAAUAAUAUAAUUUGGUACAUCUUGGAAGUUCUUAUGUCCUUUGUAGGGUGAACUGAUGGUGUUCAGAUUUCUGUUUCCAGUAUCCCAGGAGUAUUUUGAAUUAUUUAAGAUAAAGAAUUGCUAUAAUAUUUCUGUUUAAAGCUACAUAAUUCAAGUAUAUUUGGAUUUACUCUGUUUUCUGGUUUAGUAUGGACGUAUUCUCAGUGACUUUGACAGAUUACUUUCAUGUGUCAUUCUACCCAAAUCUGUAUACAUUAGUAAUAAAAUCUCCUUAAAGAUAGUUUAAAAAGAGGCUCUGAUUUUGUAUUUGAAGGUAAUUUUUUUAAACAAAUGUCGAGUUCAUUAACAAUAGCAGAAUUAUUUUUAUUAUAACAUUUUGUAGAGUUGGCACUUAGUAUGAUUUUCACAUUUUAUUGUGUAUCUGAUUUUAAAUGAUAAUACAGUUGCGUACUAUAACUUGUUUAUGUCAGUGCAGAACCUUCUUAAAGAGCCCCUCCUCCCCUUAGGAACUGUUUUAAAAGAAGUGAAUUCCCAAACCUGUGUCAAGAACCAGUGAUUUAAAUGACUGUGAGACAAGUCUUUGAAAGACUUCCUUGAGUCUAGUCAAUGGAGAUAAAUGAUAGCCCAUUUCCAUGCUGCAUACAGUUGUUAGGGUUUAUAACGUUGUCAAUAUGUAAAGUGCAAAAGCAGGAAAGACUAUGUAAAAUUGCCUAUAAAAUUUUCCAGUUUUCAUUAUUUGCACUAUUUAUCUUUGCACUUGAUUUUUUGAAAGUUAAGACUAGUCACUUUCACUUUUGUUUCUAGUCUUUUCUAAUUUCUUACAGAAUUGUGUUUUCAAUAUCCCACCCAAAGCAAAACUUAUAUGCAAUUAAAUAUGCUUUAUAAGUCCGAGAAAAUAUUUCUUAGUGUUAGCUAUGUAGGACAAAAGUUUGUUUUGAUAAAAUGUUUAAUAUGGGCCUUUAUUUGCCAAUAAAAUCCUUUGUAAAUGUGAGCUUUAUUAAACUAUUUGAAUAGAUGAAGUGAAAGCUUAGGAUAAGAAAAAAUACACACACACACACACACACACACACACACACUAUAUAUAUAUAUAUAAUGAUGUCUUUGAGAUCCAACUUCCAGCCUGACAUGGCCUGGUUUUGGACUGUUGAUUUGUUUUCACUGAAGUCAAUGAGAUUUGAGUCUAGCUGGGUAUUGGCUUAAAAAGCUGGAAGAGAAGUGGGUGGCAAGUGGCAGCUCCCUCUUUCAUGUAGUUUUCCAUAGUGCAUAGUGCUCAUAGAGUUUCCUCAUGGUCUAUGUGAUAUAACUAGUAUUGGAAUAAUUAUAUUAAAUGAUAUUCCUUUUUGGAAUUUAAGGUUGACUCACUUUUUGAGGUGGGGAGGGUGACAAGGGAUAAGAGACUUUAUUUUAACUAGAGGCAUUCUUACAACCUCAAGAUGUACUCUAGAAAGAAUAGGAGAACAAAAAGUGUACCUGUGAACAUAUUUUUUAUCUUAGUGAGAUUGUACAACACAGUUAGUGUUCAGAACUGCAAAAAAAAAAAAAAAGAAAAAAAAGGUUGACAGUUUUGUCAAUAGAACAGAGAUGUGUUUUGGCUAAAAUUAUUUUUUGUAAGUUUUUUAAUUAUUUCAUUUUAUAUUCCCUUUCCCAUAGCCUUUUAGGCGCUUCAUACUUAAAACCAACAAGUGAGAGGCCUCUCUUCAGGUCUAGUUUAUUUUUGGAAUGCCUGAGUGUGUUUCUAGAUGGGGAGGUGGUGUUUUAAUUCUUGACAUGUUCUUCUCAGCAUGUUUUGCUAGUCAUUUUGGCUCUUAUGUUUGCAUAUUCUGUUUAAAAUUCAGUGAUGUGUUUGAAAUGAGAAAGUCUUCUAUGACACGGCGUGAAUGUUUGUGGCCAGACUCUAUUGUAGAACAUUUUGGCUUUGUUUUUAAUUUGGGUAGAAAGUUAAACUUUCGUUGUUCGGGUUUUGGGUUUAUCUAGUGGAAUUGUGCCCGGUAGUUGUCUAAAUAUGGACCAAUUUUGGGAAAUGAAGGUUGACAGAUUUGUAUCUGACUCUAGAUAAUCCUUUACUCAAAAUCAUAAAGGCUUACAUCAUUAGAGUUGUCUUAAGUUUUAUGUUGUCAAAUCUUUAAAUGUGGAUAAUGAUCAGCAUUAUAUGUAUGAAUUUCCUUUGGGAAAAGAGAAAAAUUCAGUCUCUAAACCUUUUCUUGGAGACUAAGUUUACCAUAUAUGGAAAAUGAAAAAAUUUUAGAAAGUGGCUUUGAUUAUUUUUUAAUGGAGUUUAAUCAGCUUAAUUAAUUAUUUUUCCUAGUCUGAAGCACUUAUUUCCCAAAUGUGAAUAAAGGGAAAAGAUCAGCAAUUUGGCCCUUUUUUUUCAAGGCCAUUUUUAGUUUUCUGCCCCCAUUUUCCAAUCCUGCUAUAAAAUAAAUUACGGGUAUCCUUCUAAGUCCCUGUAACCCCUUUUGGGGUCACAGAUACCUUUGAUAAUCUGAUGAAAGUGAUGGACCCUCUCCCCAGAAAAAAAAUGCACAUACACAGAUAAUUUUACAUACAACCUCAGGGGCAUCACGCAUCUUCUGAAACCCAAGUUAAGGAUCUCUGCUCUAAACAAACCCUAUAGAGAAAACUUUAAUGCAAUUCCUUGAUAAAAUUAGGAACUAACUAUUGGCAUAAAACAUUUCAGAUUGGAAUUAUUGUUAGAUGGUGGCCCCUACUAGCAAAAUAUGACAUUGCAACCAGCUUUGUUAGACAUUAUAACAUCCAGACAAAAGGAAAAAGAAGCAAAGUUCUGAGAGCUAUUUAUAAGGAGUCAGGGCAUCUCUAGACAUGGGAGCCAUUCCUGGUUCAAGGCAGGAGUCAGGGUACCUGACAGCUUCUAGCAGGGUAGAAUUUGAUAAACCACAAUGCUCAGGAUGCCAAGGGGUUAGCCAUUAUCUUAACCCCUUCCUCACCAAAAGAUUUUAGUCUUGUCUAUUGGGAAACAAGAUGUCACUAGGAAAACAAAAAAAUUUGCCUUACACCUUUGCUGGAACACAUCAGUUUGGUGAUGUAUGGGACACCAGUAUUAUUUUUGAGAAGGUACAUAAAACCAAAGUAAAUUAUUCUCUAUGUAGAACAUUAUUUACUAGUAACAUUUGUUUGGAUGUAUUAGCUUUGACAAUUUUUACCAGUAAAUAUUGGUUUUAUUUAAAACUGGGAAUCCAGUUGAUAUAUCUGUCCUUUCCCCCAUGUAAAGCAUAGUUUACAGAUUUAUGCAUACUUUUUACUUUUCUUUCUU